GGAAUCAGGUGAGGAGGGAGAUUUGGCUUAAGAUUUGCCACGGACCUCUCUUCGGGGGUCUCUGCUGAGAACGUUUUCAAGUAUUUAACAAAAUUUAACAAAACAAAACAUUCAAAUACUGUUGUAAAAUAACGAAAACGAAAAGAAAAUCGUUUAAGGUCCCCUAGCCUAAAGUCACACUUGCAGCAAGUAAUGGAACCAUUUGAACCUUGGUCUGCUACCUUCCCCUGUACCAAACUGCCGUCCCAUAUAGACAAUAAUGGAUUCUAGACCUACUUCUUACUAAAUCAGGAAGGGCAUCGGAAACCAGGCACUGAGAUUGGAGUCCUGCUCGUAAUCAUUUAUAAAGGUUCCUUUUAAAGUUCCCAUCAUAAAGUAUGACAAUUCUAACAAGGAAGUCAUUCCUUUUUCAUCGCUCUUCAAAAAAGGAUUGAGAAGUGUCAGGGCUGGUGGUGCAGGAGCCACCAGCUCUGGGAGAACGACUUAUUCCUGGAGUCCUGAACAAACUGUACUUAAGGAGAUGUCAAAGGGAGAUGGAAGGUCUCAGACCUCACCUCCCGCUGCUGUUGACACCAAGAAGGAUUUGACUCUGCCCAGCUUGUUUAAAAUACCAGAAGUUUCCCAACAGAUUCCCGAUCAGCAUGGCAUGGCGCACCACAGCUCGGAUUUCCAAGCUCGAGAUUUUGCCAGCCUUAGCCUCCCUGGUGGUUGGGAUUACAGACAUCACACCUCACCGGCAGCACAAUCAUAUCCAAAUGAAAACAUGUCUGAUCUUGACCUUCCUGUCAUUGAUCAAUAUGUCCUCUGUCCAGACUGCUUGAGAAUGAAGGCAGAGAGAUGGGGACUUAAUGGGAAGCAGGACACAAGAUAUCAAGGCCUUCCCCAUUUCAUACAGCCAACCAAAAAAAUGAUAAUUCUGGAUGCCCCAAAGCAUCUACGAUUUCCCAUCAUGGAUUUUAUGAGUGACAGGAUGAUAAGAUCAAAAUACAAGCCUACAGAAACCAGUGUCAAUCAGGACAUCGAAGCAGAAAAUGUUCAAUACAGACUGCCAAUGCGGGCCAUUUGGGGUGCCAAGAAGCCUUUACAGACACUAUAUACUGAUCUUUUAACAUCCUGCCAGAGUUCACGGCCUUCUAAAAAAGAAUGUUCUCCAGAGGAAAAGAAUAUAUGGGCAGAAUUCAAUAUCAGCAAGAGCCCCAAGCAUAGUAAAUUCCACUGAUUUUCUAUCAACUGCUGCCCUCUUCUCAUGUCUUCCUGCCCUCCUCCCAUGCCCAGUCUUGGCUAAGAAAGGAGGCUCUUUUGCAUUCCUUCCUGAUGAAGAUCUUUUACUCCUACUAUUAUGUCCACCACUUAUAUCCUAAUAAUAUAGUAGCUUAAUUUAUAGGAUUAUAAAUACAAUUGGUUAACAUAGAACAUUGAAAA